UCAGUUCAUUGGAAAUAAAAACCAGCAGGUGGAAGAACUACAGGAUGGGCAGCAAUUCUGCAGGACAGUACAUGCAGGCUUCAGAAGAGUGUGAUUUUCAAGUGUGAUUCCAUGGCAGUGUGGAAAAGAAUUCAAGCUAUGCUAGAAAUCAGCUGGAGUGGGAUUUGCCUGGUCAUGAGCCCAAGGGAGGGCUUUUGGACUAAGAUAACAUCAGGAAUAAUAAUAAUGAUAGACUCUUGCUUUCCUUACUAUGCUGUCGUUAGCUCAACCCACGAGUUUUCCAGCUUUAACCCUCCCGAUUUCUCGCCAUGCUGCUGGUGAGGGGUGGCAAUAGUGCUGUGCCUGGAUGUAGGCCUUACAAUGAGUUCUUCCCCUGGUGAAGAGUCUUCUCUUGACCAAGCCAAGAAGAUUAUGACAAAGUUUCUGCAGAGACAGGUUUUUGCUGAGAGUAAAGAUGAAGUCGCUGUAGUUUUGUUUGGCACUAAUGGCACUAGAAAUGACCUUGCCAGUGAAGAUCAAUACCAAAACAUUACUGUACAUAGAUCACUAAUGCUGCCAGAUUUUGAUCUGCUGGAAGACAUUCAAAAUGUGAUUAAAGCAGGUUCUGCACAAGCAGACUUUUUGGAUGCUAUUAUUGUAUGCAUGGACUUGCUUCAGAAGCAAACAAUAGGAAAGAAAUAUGAGAAGAGGCACAUUGAACUGUUUACAGACCUUAGUAGUCCUGUCAGUGAGGAUCAGCUGGGAAUUAUCAUUGCUAACUUGAAGAAAACAGAAAUUUCACUUCAGUUUUUUCUACCAUUUCCAGUGAGUGUUGAAGGAACUGAAGAUACAAGUGCCAGUGUACAUGCUCAUAUGCACAAAAACUCUUUUCCAAUAAAGGGUUUAACUGAACAACAAAAGCAAGGUAUUGAUGUGGUGAGGAAACUCAUGUAUACUUUGGAUGAAGAAGGAGGUCUGGAAGAAAUUUAUACUUUCAGAGAGAGCCUGGAACGCCUUUCAAUGUUUAAGAAAAUGGAAAGAAAGCCUAUGCCUUGGCCCUGCCAGCUCACUAUUGGUCCUAAUUUGUCUAUAAGGAUUGUGGCCUACAAAUCAGUCACAGAAGAGAAUGUGAAAAAAGUUUGGGCAAUUGUGGAUGCUAAAACCCUCAGAAAAGAGGACGUGCAAAAAGAAACUGUUUACUGCUUGAAUGAUGAUGAUGAGACAGAGGUUCAGAAAGAUGAUACCAUUCAAGGUUUUCGGUAUGGGAGUGAUAUAGUUCCUUUUUCCAAGGAAGAUGAAGAGCAAAUGAAAUACAAAACAGAAGCUAAGUGUUUUUCUGUUUUGGGAUUUACUAGAUCCUCUCAGAUCCAGAGGCAUUACUACAUGGGCAACCAAGCUCUGAAGGUCUUUGCAGCAAAAGGUGAUGAGAAUGCAGCAGUUGCUUUUUCUGCACUUGUUCGUGCAUUGGAUGAGUCGAAAAUGGUGGCUGUAGUGCGCUAUGCUUAUGAUAGAAGAUGCAACCCACAAAUUGGAGUAGCUUUUCCGUAUAUUAAGGAUGCAUAUGAGUGUCUUAUCUAUGUGCAGCUACCCUAUAUGGAAGACCUAAGACAAUAUGUAUUUUCAUCCUUGAAAAACAGUAAAAAAUACUUUCCUACAGUGGAUCAGUUAUCUGCUGUUGACUCACUGAUUGAUUCUAUGAAUUUGGUUCAUGAAGAUGGAGAAACUUUUGAGGACCUAUUUAAGCCCAGCAAAAUUCCAAACCCUCAUUUUCAGAGGUUAUAUCAGUGUUUGCAGCACAAGGCUUUUUACCCUGAUAAGCCACUGCCACCAAUAGAACAGCACAUUUUAGAAAUGCUGGAGAUGCCUUGUGUGGUAAGAGAAAGGUGUCAGACUCCUCUGGAAAGAGUAAAAGCACUUUUUCCCCUAAAGGAAGUUGGCAAGAAAAAAGAAGAGAAGACUGCACAAGACAUCUUCAAAGACAACGAAGAUGAACCCGGCCUUAAGAAACCAAAAAUUGAAGAUGAGGAAGAAAGCUUUAGCAUUAUGAAACUUGCUGAAGGCAAUAUCACCUCUGUAGGCAGUGUUAACCCAGCAGAAGAUUUCCGAAUUCUGGUGAGGAAGAAAAAUGCUGACUUCAAAGAUGUGAGUCAGCAGUUGAUAAACCGCAUUGAUCAGUUCUUGGAAAAUAAAGGUUCACAGUACUACAUGAAAGGGAUCAACUGUAUCAGAGUUUUUAGAGAGGAGGCCAUGAAGCUGUCCAAGGUGCAGUGCUUUAAUGAUUUUCUGCAGGCCUUGAAAGCAAAGUUGGAAGAUAAAGCCGUAUCUGAUUUCUGGGAGAUCAUGGUACAAGAAAGAAUUUCUUUGAUCACUAAAGAUGAAGCAGAAGGAAGUUUGGUGACGGGUGAAGAGGCUGAGAAGUUCUUGGCUCCAAAAGAACAGAAAAAUGAAACUCUGCCUCCUACAGAUGAAGGUGGUGAUGUUGAUGAUCUGCUGGACAUGAUGUGACCAGUGAUAUAUGGUGACUAUAGAAGCAAAGUUUGGAAGAGAUGUCUCUGUGAAAUGGGACACAAAAAAAGAUGCUAAUGAGAAGACAGUGCAUCCAUCUUUAUUUUCUUAAAUGAGAACAGAAAUCCCAGAAACGUUUCCAGCUGGUAUAAAUGUCAUCUGACUUUCAAAACUAGAACAGAAGAUUGAAAUUGUCUGAAAUAUUUGGGAAGUAAUGAUACCUUUAAGGCAUCUUUUUUUUCCCCUUGUCUUUAGAACUGAAUUUAGCUUGUCCUUUGUAUUAGCUGAACACUUCUAAAUUUAAUGAGAAUUGCUCUGAUGCCUGAAACUCUUGUUGCAUUGCCUGGGAAGGAAGACACAAAUGUCACAGCAAAGUUACCAGGUAAUACUGAAUAUUUAGUGGAGGUAACCCUAUAGGUUUAUUGUUACAGAAGGGGAAAAGUCUUAUUUUCAUGUUUUUAAAAAAAUGAACCAACCAACUCAAAUAAACAAGAAACAAGAGAGAGCAAAAUAAAACCCAACAAAGCACCAUGAAAACCACCACAGAAGCUUGUGGGAGAAAAUUCUAGGCCAGGGACUCACACGUUAAUAGUUUGAAAUACACAACAGAAUCUAAAGCACACAGCAGGGCGUGCUGAUUUUGCACCAGGUGUGCUGAUUUUGCCACACUGACCCCAGAUCAGUAAUUAUGGUCAUCUCUGUACUACAGGUUCUCUCUUGUCAGCUCAGCAGCAGCCCAAGGUCCCUGUCCCUUUCUGUUACACAUUUUCAUGUUUCAUAUGCUGGGAUUUUUGAUUUUUUUAGACAUCUAACUAGUAGGGUUACUGUAGAUGCUCCUGGUACUAAAAGGAGAAUGACGCAGUUCUGUGUCCAUUCCAUACACUGCUGAGAACUGCUAACCCAGAGCAGAAGAAUCCCUCAAAGCUGUACACUGACACCUGUGAUAGAUACGUGAUAAUAGUUAAUACUGGUAACCAGGAUGGAGCAAUGUCUUCACAGAGCAAUCCAAACUAGUCAAAUACUGCUUAGAAAGAGAGUCUGAUUACAGAGCUGAAGAGACAGUAAUGACACCUUCACAUAUGCUUGUUGGUUCUAACCAGAUUCAUUCCUUUAAAAGCUGUUGUUUCAUUAUUAUAAAUAUAUAAAUAUACUGUGCAAAAUGGUAUUAAGAUCACAAAAAAAGGAAAAAUCAUGAUCUGUAGUUGCAAAAUGUUGUGGAAUAUUUGCUCUUUAUACUGGCCAACAGCUCCUGUGUGGGAAAUAGCAAUUGCUUUUUGCCCCUACUUCCUUACGCAGCAACCUACUCUCUCCUGUCUUACGUCCUAUCCUGACUGAGUUGAAAGCAUUUUUCAAAUGCAGAUGGCAGGGAGCAAGUGAUUUUUGCAGACCUUUAUAGCUUUUGUAUCACCAGAAGAUAUUUUUCUCAACUGUAAAUAAGGAUUAUUUGAUCAGUGUUUUAAAGGCCAAUAUAUGGAGUAUACUGGCUGGGGGUUUCUUUUACACUUUUUUUUUUUUUGUUUAAUAAAAAUAUUUUAAAGGUCAGGUUUUGUCUUCAGAGCCUUGUUUGCUGAAAUCGGGUGACUACUUAUGCAGUGCCUAAAGGAAACUAUCAAAAGCCCCUCUUCUGGGCCUACAGUGCAAACAUUGAAUAUCAAAAUCCCUUCAUAGAACCAGAGUAUACUUAUUCUAUUCUUUAUGAACUCUAAACUUUGCAACACCCCAGUAUAGUAGUUUUUACUAUAUUGUAGAGAUGAUGAGAACAUCUUGGGUCAAGACCACACAGAAUAUAGAACCUGGUGAGCAGAAUAUGGAGUUACUUUGUUUCUUUUGAUUUAGUUGACCACCUUUCUAGAAUGUAUUGCUUCUAUCUAGGAAUAUACAUUUAGUUCAUGGAGAAUUGCUGCAUAAAUCUUCUUGCUACCUGUACAGCACAAUAUGUACAGGUAGGCUUAGUGUGGUGAUUAAGUUGCUAGUACUGAGAAGAGGAAUGAAAAUAUAUGACUCAAAAUAAAUUCACUCAAAAGUGAAUUCUUGGAAGGCAAAAAAAUAAUGUUUUAUUCUGUCCAGGCUUCUGAGUUCAGUCUUCAGAAGCUUCUGAUUUAGUGAGGGUCUGUCACAUCAGCAGCCUGAUGUUACAUUUGUUCUUUGGCAAAGGACCAGCUUUCAGGUUCACAUUCAAUGACUGAAAGAGAUCUUGCAUUUAGCUUAAGUUCACAUUUUCAAUUACAAAGUCUGACUUACUGUUUAGUAGGCUGACUCACUGUUUACACUGAGAAUUCUCAUUUUCAAUUGCCACACUGACCAGUCCUCAGAAGCACUAGAGCAGUUAGGUGUUCACUUCAAAAGCAGCUAUAAAGGAAACAUACAGUGCAUUUGUUUUCCUGCAAGUACAUCCUUGUGAUGUACUUUAUAGGCAGAGAAAUUAUCAGAGCAUCUACGAAAAAAGAAGACUGUGAAGACUUCUCUUCCUUAAUUAGAACAGGGGUGUGGACUAAAAAAAAAGUAUUUUGCAGUGUGGACUUUGGGAGGUGGAGAAUAUCCAAAAGUAUUGUACCAGAAAGUAUAAGUAAUAUGUGAGGGAUCUAGGACCAUAGUGUGGAACUGAGAGUACUCCACAGAAAAGGGCAAAAUACCCAUAGAGGAAGACUUAUGGUUACAAUAUACUGUGAAUCUGUUAAGUUUCUAGGCUAUAUCAGUUCUGUACAAAGCAUUUUUCUCUGUCACUGUAGUGGGCUCUGCUACCUGUUAUGCAGUUCUCAAGUUUGGUCUCAUUACUUUUGUACUCAGAAAUCAAAUUUGUCCUCUCUGACAGUUGUCACAUGCCACAGUAAUAAAAAAUAACUUCUAGAAUGUUACAUAGUUGAAGACUUGUGAUUUGUGUGAUAGUAAUCAGGUUGAAAUGAAUGUCAGGUCAACAGUGUAAUAACAGUAUGUUUGAAGAAUUCUGAAAGCAAGACUUCAUCUCUGUCCUUAGAAUGUGGCACAGAAGUGUUACACAUACCAUCAAAACACUUCUAAUGUGAAGAGACCUGUUCUGCUGCACUGUGGUUUCUUAGUUGCCAGGGUAGAUUUACAUCUGGCUAACUUUUCUCAUGUUUGGGUUUUGACAGAAUUGUCUGUUUGAUGUUGGAGCAGGAUCUUUGGAAUUAGAAAACAAGGGAAGGAAAAUCAGUUAUCUCAAUUGUGAAUUCUAAAGACACAGGCCAUUUUUAUAGUCUGCAUUUGCACAUGAGGCAAGGGAGGAAUUCCCUUGUGAUCUCAGUAGGGUUGGGGAUAAUCUGGAAAGGAGAGUUCUGACUUGCAUGUUGCUAAGCUGGCAAAUACAGUGGUAGAUGUUGCUGCUGUGCUUGUAAGGGUGGGUUUGGAUUUGUUCAGCCUCACCGCUGUCAGUGUGAAAUAAGCACUUUAAAUUUAGCUGUUGCUUUGUGACAAUGGAAAACUCAUUUCCACUAAAUUUUCAGCUUUGCUUCCUUUCCCCUUCCAUCUUCAUUCUUCUCUUCUUCUCUUGGUACCAUUACAGUAUUGGAGCUGGGAGCACUUGUGAAUUGAUGUCAGAUGUAGGAAAUCUCCAAGUUUUCUUGUGUCUCUUUUGAGAUGUGGGCUACAAAGAUUUUUUAAAAACUCAAAAUGUUCACAGUACUAGCAGGGGACUGAAGGCCCACCCAGGCCUUUGUUUCUUAAUUCUCUGAAGAAUUACCACAUAAAUAAAUCAGUUCUUUCAACAAACCCUCACCACUUAAAGGUGCUGGUAAAGUAAGGCAGCGCUGACUUCUGCAGGAGGUGACUUGCCUUUCUGGGGGGUGGAGUUUGUGUAUAGCAUUUCUCUGCAGUGUUUUGAGGACAGCUCUGUAAGUUCUGUACCAGUUUGGACUAUUCUUUUGCCUACUGAUCCUGAAAAUUUUAGAGGAAUAGAUUAUCACAUAUUAAAGGAAAUAAAAGAAA